AAAAAUAGGUAUGAAAUAAACGAAAACAAAAUUUUUUGGGAUUUAUUAAUACAGUAUUUAGAGAAAAUUCUGAUAACACAAAUAUUUGCUUUGCUAAGGCAUUGUAACCAAACUGUUACACAAAUAACAGAAAAUAAAUUCCAUGUAUGACACGUUUAUCAAAGCAAGUGAAGGUAACCGAACAAAACGUUAACUUUAUACUCUGUUUUAUUUUUUUUGAAUAGCUUGCUGCUGAAGGAUCAUCUGAAAAUAAAGUUAAUAAAGUUAACAAGACUACUUUCACAGUGUAAAACUGUGCUAAAAUGUAAGUAUCAGGCAACAUAAUCUGUGCAUGCAUGUGGGUAUCGUAUGUCCGAUUCCCAAUUUACUCCCUGAACAUGCAAUAAACAGAAACUUAAGUUGAUUUACCACGAGUGACAGCAAACUUUUUACAAAACACACACACCAGCCAUACGAGAAAAGCGGAAAUCCUUUACAGGACAACAUGUACGUCAUACUACCGUCACCCAAUCACAGCGCGUUGCUUUUGACAGAGAAGCCCAUCUACCAAUCAGAACCCGCCGUGUGCGCAUCCCGCCAGCCGAUAUCCACCGUAGUCCAUCUUUGUUGCAUCCGCUUGGCUGUUGCGCGGUUCACAAAUAAGAACUACAGUGCAGCAACAAUGGUGAAGAUUUUCAUUGGAAACCUGUCGCAGCACACUGAGAAGGAUGAAAUUGAAGCUCUGUUCACUCAGUAUGGCACAGUGACAGAGUGUGCAAAGUACAAGAACUAUGCGUUUGUGCACAUGGAGGAUCGCAAGUCUGCCACCAAAGCCAUCCGGGAGCUCCAUCUCUAUAAGCUGAAUGGCAGGCCCAUAAAUGUGGAGCCCAGCAGAGGGAAGAACCAGGGCCCUGUGAAGCUACACAUAGCCAAUGUGGAAAAGGGCUUCGACAAGGAGCUCCGGGAGCUCUUCGAGGAGUAUGGCACAGUCGCAGAGUGCUCCAUAGUGAAGAAUUUUGCCUUUGUGCACAUGUCCAAUUCUGAUGAAGCCAUGGAUGCUAUACAGGGUCUGGAUAACACAGAGUUUCAAGGAAAGCGCAUACACGUUCAAAUAUCAAAAAGCAGACCCAGAGGGGCACCUGAGGAGGAGGAGUAUCCACCUCCACCUGGCAGAGGAGGCUAUUUUCCUCCUCGUUAUCCAGGGGAGAGGCCAGAGCCUCCCUACAGAGGCCGCAUGUCCGCUUACCCUCCUCCUCCGCCGCCGCCCCCUCCCCCGAGACGAGCAGCUUAUCCCGACCAUGCCUUUCCCGAGCGAGAUGCCUAUGGGGUGGUCGAUUUCUAUGAGAAAUACCGAGCUCGUCCUUACAGCGCCACGGGCUACGAGGACAGGCGCGCCAGUGCCAUCCCCCCUCCUCCGCCUCCUCCCUCGGCAAUGGUUAGAGAGCGUCUCCAAAUGGGGUCACUUGACCCGUAUGAUCGCCGCCCUCUCCCUACUCCGCCGGCGUACAUGGUCAGAGACCGAAGCCCCAUCAGAAGAGCCCCCCCUCCGCCUGCUCCAGCUGGUAACGGGUACUCCUAUGAGCGGUCUCGUCUCUCACCAAUGUCCAGGGCUCCGAUGUACGCAGCUUCCCGCCCCAGGGAAUCUUAUGGGGACAACAGAGUGCCGCCUCCGCCGCCACCACCUCGCUAUACAGGCUAUUAGGUGCCAAGAGUGUAAAACAAGGUUUAGAAUAUGACAAGAUCGUCGUUGUCUGCUGAUGCACGUGGCGCUAUACACCCCCCACAUCUAUGGCGGAUUGCGUUGCGUUCGCCUGAGACUUACUGGAAGAUACUCUAUUGCGGACAGCCCCGUACUUUUAAAAAAAAAAACAUACGAUUCCAUGUUUACAGUUCCUCUGAGCUGUUCAUGCCUUUUCUGUUCCUCUGCUUGUUUUACUGUUCAAAUCCUGUUUUGCAGAUUAGGUGCUUAGAUUAUAUCAGUGUGACGGAGUACUGUUUAUGGCCAAAAACUAUACACUCUUGCUUUGCAAUUUGUCUGACAUGGCCUCUGGGAAACUGUGACGUAUUUUCAUAACAAGGGAAUUACUUUAAAUAAAAAUAUAUUUAGCCUUUGUAAACAAAUUAUUGUAUCCAGACUAAGAUUGCUGGUUAAGUUCAAAAUGCUCACCAAUCAGUGUAGAAGUGCUUUAAUGGAAUACUUGGUGUGGGAGGUUGUACAACAACCUUCUAGAUUUGCGACACAUGUUAGCAUGACAUCAAAAGUUCCACUGUGGUUUUGUUCUUUUUACACUUUGUGUUACUUUUUCUUGCGAAAGUAGAAUCUCUAGUACCGUAAUGUAUGAUUUUACUUACUUUACAAGUUGCUUUUUAUUUGAAAAAGGAUUUUUAAUAAACAAAUGAAACCAAA